UCCUCCCUCAUGCCCGGCCAUGCAGAGCAGAAGGUGCACCGUUAUCAUUAUUUCACACAAGAAGCGCGGGGUUACCUCAUAUGAAAGCAUACAUUCUGGUGUAGGUCCCUCCCUCCCCCUAUGCAAAUAAUAUGAUGCUCGUUCUCCAUCGGGCUAUUAUUGACAGUCGCUCCGAGUCUGAGUCACCCUCCCAAGGACACGCGCAGCUCUAGACAUCUCUCGCAAAUACCAGAGAGAGGAUUUCAGGGUCUGAGCGUCCGCCGCGAACCCGAGCGGGUGUUGUGUGCACGAUAAACAACAAUGGAGACCAAAGAAAUAGGUAAUGGAAAAGAUGAUUUAGGGCAGGACAAAGACAAUAUCUCUGAAAGCCAGCAGUCUGAUCAUAUGCAGGCUGAUGGAGAUGUCUCGGGACACAUUCUUAAGGAGGGUCCUUUAGCAGCUCCCAAAGUGCAAGACGGAAGCUUCCCCACAGAGGAAAGUGCACUGUUAAGCAAUGGACCACAGCCGACAGAGGCUAGUACCUCACCGACUACUUGCAUGAAACUGGAGAACCUAUGUGCCUGUCCUCCCUAUGGACUCCUCUCUCGGAUUGUCACACAUGCCAUCAUGGGGGUUCUAGUUUUUGGCGUUGUCUGGUCUAUAACUGGUCCAGAGUGUCUUCCUGGUGGAAACCUGUUUGGAAUAAUUUCCCUGUUUUCCUGUGCGAUCUUCGGAGGCAAACUUGUAGGUCUCAUUAAGAUACCGACUCUACCUCCAUUGCCUCCACUCCUUGGCAUGCUGAUUGCUGGCUUUUUGAUAAGAAAUAUCCCUUGGGUCACCGAACAAGUUAAGAUUGAUUAUAAGUGGUCUGCUUCUUUAAGGAAUAUUGCUUUAGCCAUCAUCUUGGCACGGGCUGGGCUUGGCCUGGAUCCUAUGGCUUUGAAGAAGCUGAAGGCUGUGUGUCUGCGCCUGUCCCUUGGACCAUGUGCUAUAGAGACUUGUUCUGCUGCUGUUCUCUCUCACUUCCUCAUGGGCCUCCCCUUGACUUGGGGAUUUAUGUUGGGUUUUGUCUUAGGUGCCGUAUCUCCUGCUGUUGUGGUCCCUUCUAUGCUAAUCUUGCAGAAAGAAGGAUUUGGGGUAGAGAAGGGUAUCCCUACAUUACUAAUGGCUGCUGGAAGUUUCGAUGAUAUCUUGGCAAUAACAGGAUUCAAUACAUGUCUAGCAAUGGCUUUUUCAACAGGCUCCACCAUUAACAGUAUUGUCAGGGGAGUGUUGGAAGUGGUGGUUGGUAUUGCAGCUGGGCUUGCUUUUGGAUUUUUUCUUCGUUAUUUCCCAAGCAAAGAUCAGAAAUAUGUGAAUUGGAAGAGAUCCUACCUGCUUUUAGCCCUGUCUAUAUUUGCAGUUUUCAGCAGUCUGGCCUUUGGCUUCCCAGGGUCAGGAGGCCUGUGCACAUUGGUUACCUCGUUUCUCGCGGGCAUCGCAUGGUCUACUGAGAAGGAAGCUGUUGAACGUAUAGUUGCAGUCGGCUGGUAUAUCUUUCAGCCUCUACUAUUUGGUUUGAUUGGCUCUGAAAUAUCUGUUGCAUCUCUAAACCCGCAGACAGUUGGGCUCUGUGUUGCUACGCUUGCAGUUGCCUUAGUAAUUCGAAUAUUGUCUACGUACGUGAUGGUGUCCUGCGCUGGAUUUAAUUUCAAGGAAAAAAUAUUUAUCUCUCUGGCUUGGAUCCCUAAAGCUACUGUCCAGGCUGCUAUAGGAUCUGUGGCCCUGGACACAGCACGGGGCAAACAAAAUGUACAAUAUGAAGGCUAUGGGAUGGACGUGCUCACCGUAGCAUUUCUCUCGAUUCUAAUCACUGCUCCGAUAGGCGCAGUUAUAAUUGGCCUUACAGGACCCAAGAUGCUCCAGAAAGCUAAUGAGAGCAGCAGAGAAGAGGCAGCCAGAGAAGGAGAAUCUGGCAUAGUGUGAGAGUGUCUAUCCAUGCUGGCUAUGGAGGGUUUCUCUUAUAAUAUCAAUACACUGUUAUUGGAGACUACGGAUAUAAAUAGAAGAGAGACAUUUUCAUUGUAAAGAUGCAUUUCUAUAAGGAAUAUUUGCCGAAGGACAAAUUGAGAAUUUGGUUUAA